UUGGCUACGUCACACAUACGUCAUUUCCGGUCUCAGAAAAUGCAGCUAAUUAUUCUGUUUUAGGGUGUUUUACAGUGAAUUUUGUAUAAAAUGGAUUGGCAAUUAACGUGUCGUGUAUGUCUAGAGACUGGUGAUAUGGUUUCACUCUUUGAUUGGGACGAAAAUAAUGAACAACUGGCUGAUAAGUACACUUAUUGCUGCGGAGUUGAGGUGUCCAAAACCGAGAGUUUACCGACGCUGAUUUGUUUGAAUUGUGUGGAUCGACUUACAUUUUCGUAUCAAUUCAAACAACAAUGCCUAUCUUCCAACGAGACACUCAAAGAGUGUCUGGAUGAGUUCACCAGGACCUCGGCUGCCGUAUCAGAAGGCAAUAAAUCGGCACAAUCAUCAAACGAAACAGAAGUGAUAACAAUAAAACAAGAGAAUGGAGUCCUCCUCCAGUACGAGCUGCCUGUGGAGCACGAGCCGUCGUGGACACGGACCAUCACCAAGACCACCAGCAAGGCGGUCGUCACCAAGGCACCGGAGCCCAAGAAGAGGGGGCGCCCGCGGAAAUAUCCCAAUGAACAGGGGGAAAUUGAUCUAUCACCAUACACUCGCAAAAAGCCAAAACCGGUGAAGAAAGAGCAACCGUCACUGACAUCACUGUUGAACUUUGACCCCAAUGACAUAAAGAAGGAAUCUGAGGAUAACCCAGAGGAUGAAGACACUUUUGCUGACAAUGACUACCCUGAUGACGACCCAGACUUCGAGGCGGACGAACAGCCGUCCGAAGAGGAAGUGAUCCAAGAAGAACCUGUUAAGCGCAAACGCGGUCGUCCCCGCAAGACCGACCCCCCGAGACCUCCCAAGGUAACGAAGGAAGUGGAGCAGGACACGGGUGAAGACGUGCUGCUGAAGGAGACCAUCAUGGCCUUCUCCGAGCCCAUCCCAGACCACAUACUGAACCCCAAGCCGAAGGAAAAGAAGAAGUAUAAGUACGAGAAGAAGAAGUAUAGCUAUGAGAAGACACAUACUUGCGAAACGUGUGGUUCCUCGUUCACGUCCAACGCGUCUUUACAAGCGCACAUCCGCCGCCAUCUUGGCAUUAAGCCGUUUGUUUGCAGCAUCUGCGGCUACUCGUGUGUGCUGAAGGAGGCUCUGAGAAGACACAUGCUGGUCCAUACGGGAGAGAAGCCGUACAAGUGUCGCAUUUGCGAUAGACGCUUCGGGGACUUCGGCACUAGGCAGAAACACGAGAGGUUACACAUGGGAGUGCGUCCCUACCAGUGCUCGGUUUGCGGCAAGGCCUUCACGUACUCGUAUGUGCUCGCCAACCACAUGCUCACUCAUACGGGGGAGAAGAAAUACUCCUGCGGUCCGUGCAACAAGAAGUUCACGAAGGCGCACCACCUCAAGUACCACAACAAGGUGCACCACAAGGAGUUAUACUUGCAGCAGCAGCUUGAACAAGAGGCUAAGAAGGUGCGUCUUCAAAUCAACGUGAGCGGUCUGUCGGGCGUGCUCAACGGACCCGUCGUGGACGGGAAGCUGCAACUCGUGCAGAUGAGCGAAGACGUGGACGAGUCGCAGAUGCAGGUGGUGGAGGUGGACCAGGAGGAUGACGAGGCGCACGAGACGGACCGCGCCGUCGCCGACAUGCAGGUGGUAAUGGAAACAGACUACUGCGUCGAAGAAGAUAGCAAAUAAAGCAAUAUCCGCAUAAUGUUACUAUUUAAUUAAAUAGACUUACUUUUGAAAAUCAUUUACCGAAUCGGUAGGUAAGGUAUCACUUCUGUUAAAUUAAUUUAACACAAAAACUUUAUCAUUCAUAUUUUGCCUUUGCGUACAUAUUUGUAUGAAAUCGUUAAUAUGAUCUCGUUAUAAGAUUUAGGACGCUACCCUCAACACAACUGAGGUUGCUAAGACUUAUCACUAAAAUUACUAUUUAGGUUUUGCAAGUCCACAAAAAUCGUUAAUUUAUUUUGAUUGUUUAGAAUCUAAACGAUCUAUUAUAAAUUAUUAUAGAUACAUAGUUAAUGAUUCAAAAGUUAUGUUUGAACUGUUUUUAUGUAAUAAUUGCGGUGCAGAAUCUUGUUCUACUUAUUAAAAUAAAUGUUAUUUUACGGUAAUAUGAAAUUAAAGUCGUAACACUGUUUAAUAUAUUUUUUAAACUACAUCUAAAUAUCGUACUGAAAUAUGGCAAAAUGCAUUUUAGAAUAGUCCUAAUUUUAGGUUCGCUUAGUUUAGUAAGUUAUUUUUAAAUAAACAUAAUAAUCAUGGA